GGUGACGUAUAACCCCUGCGACGACUACUCGUAACUUUUGCUGAAUAAUCUGAGCAAGCGAAGCUAGAGCGCGUCUUUUAUAUACAUUAAUAUCUAUUACGUUACCCCCCGUAAUACAAAAUGGAAUAUUUAAUCGGUAUACAGGGACCAGAUUAUGUCCUCGUCGCUGCCGAUAAUGCCGCGCUCAGCAGUGUAAUUAAGUUGAAAGAAGACGAUGACAAGAUGUUCAAACUUAGCGAAAAGAUCUUGCUGCUGUGCGUGGGGGAGGCAGGAGACACGGUGCAGUUUGCAGAGUAUAUCCAAAAGAAUGUGCAGCUCUACAAAAUGAGAAACGGCUAUGAGCUCAGCCCAGCAGCCGCAGCAAAUUUCACAAGGAAGAACCUUGCGGAGUACCUUAGAAGCAGGACGCCAUAUCACGUCAACUUGUUGCUGGCGGGCUACGACGACGCAGACGGGCCGGGUCUCUACUACAUGGACUACCUGUCCUCGCUGGCCAAGGCCCCCUUCGCCGCUCACGGCUACGGCGCCUUUUUUACGCUCUCCAUCCUCGACCGCUACUACAGACCAGAUCUGACCAGAGAUGAAGCAAUAGACGUGUUGAAGAAGUGCAUUGACGAACUGAACAGACGCUUCAUCCUGAACCUUCCCUCCUUCACCGUCCGUUUGAUUGACAAGGAGGGCAUCCAUGACCUGGAGAAGCUCUCUCCCACCAAGUGACCGUUCCCUGCUUAGCUACCAGCAAAUCACAACCUUUUUUUUUCUUUUUUCUAUUCUACCAAUGACCUCCUUGUUCUUUCUGUUCCAAUAAAAAGUGACACGCAGUUGAGAUAUACA